AGCAGUUAGUCAGCCAAGCAGUCCGCCAGUCAGUCAUCAAUCCGUUUAUCCAUCAGUGCCUCUCCCUUUUGCUGCCUCUCUCUCUGCUGACUGCAUCUGACAUUGUUGCACACUGGAAUUCUGCCGCAGCUCAGAGCUCACAGCUGAUGACAGUUGACAGAUGUACGCCCAAAAGGAAGUGGAGAAAUCGGCAGCUCUUGAAUGAUUUGUUUUUGGCGAGAAUUGACAGCGCCUCCUCCUCCUCAUCCACUCUUUGCUUUUCUGGGUCAUUGGCGCAGAAAGUGACUGCCGCCAGUCCCCCUGCCCGUCUAUGCAGCCAACCGUCUAAUGACUGCAAAAUGUUCUCAGCGCCUGUGCAGGAAGUCAAUUACCGCCUCGAGGAAGCGGCGCUGGCGCUGGCGCUGGCUCUGGCUUGGUCUCGCUCCAUGGCGGCAGCGUCUUUUGGCAUCGCUUGUCUCAAAUUUGCAAUCUCUGCCGCUUAACUUUCUCAAUUGAAAAUUGCAACGUUUGCUGCUGCUGCUGCCGCUUGUUGAUUUCCCUCGAAUUUUCCGCUGCUGCUGCAAAAGUGUGUCAAGCUUUUUUUCGACAAAGAUCAAGUACAUCUCAGAUACGUGCCCCCGUUGCUGCUGCUGCUGCUGGUGCUGCUGCUGCAUCCGCUGCGGGCAUUUCCAGCUGCCAUGACCAAAAUGUUCUCGAAAAAUUGUCUUAGAUUUUGCUGCAAUUUGGCAGAGUGAAAGUGCAGGCAGGCGGCAGGCGGCAGGCAGUUAGAAAUUGGUAAUUGGAGUUGCAAUUGCUGCUGAGAGAGAAACGCCAAAAGUGGCGGCAGAAUUUGCAGCUUGACUCUGGUGCGGGUUCCUCCGGCGACCCACUUGGGACACAGCACCGCCCCGUGCUGUCCCUUCAGUCUGUCCAUCAGUCUGUGGCAUGAGGCAGCUGGCCGUCUCUCUGUGCUGUGUGCUAUUUUCAUAUGCGCACAUUGUUGCCACUGAUAACCCAGUAUCCCAGUUAAAUUGUUGAAUCCAAAGCCGUAAAUGUGCGCCCAAUUUGAAUACGCGCCGAAAGAGAGAGCAAAACGAAAAGCGAGACGAGACGAGACGAGACGGUGACAAUAAAUCCGUUAUGCAUAAAUGCCAGGCCCACGCUCGCGCCCAAGCAGCAAGCCACAAGCCCCGAAGCGUAAGUACUCCCACUUUCAGUUGAAAUUUUUUGUGGGCUCCCCCCCCAGUGGCGACAUAUAAAAGCGGCGACGCGGCCCAGCCGGCGUUUCUUUUGGCCAGACAAUGCCGAGAAGUUCGCUUAUCACAGGCAGCUGCCAGCUGCUGACAGUCACGGCGCUGACCCUGGCGCUGGUCGGCACCCAGCCCAGCGACGUUGCGGUAAGAAAAGCGAACGGCAACAACGAUGUGGCAGUGCCGCCCGCGCCACGCUGGGGCGCCAAUAUGCAAAUGCUGCGACGGCACAACAGUGCGGCAUUCAAUUUCUGGACGGAGGAGAGCGACACAAACAUCUGGGAGCAUUGCGGACUCUUCGAGGGUGACAUUAUGCUGCAUCGCGAGCUGCUGCGCAAUGGAUUGCUGAACGAGAGAUCGACCUGGCCGGAGGCAUCGAUACCCUUUUACAUUGAUCCGCAGGAUUUCACUGCCAACGAGACAAUGGUCAUAUUGCGUGGCUUCAAGGAGUACCACGAGCGGACGUGCAUACGCUUCCGGCCGUAUGUGCAGGGCGACAAGCACUGGCUGAUGAUCAAGGGCAACUACUCGGGCUGCUGGUCGAGCGUGGGCCGGCGGCAGGGCGGCCAGGUGCUCAACCUGAACACGCCCAAGUGCGUGACGCAUGGCGUUGUGGUGCACGAGCUGCUGCAUGCCCUGGGCUUCUACCACCAGCAGAGCGCCACGGAGCGCGAUGAGUACGUGAAGAUCAACUGGGACAACAUACUCGAUGGACACGCGCACAACUUCAACAAGUACGCGCGCACGCACAUAACGAACUUUGGCGUGGAGUACGACUAUCAGAGCGUCAUGCACUACAGCUCAAGGGCGUUCAGCAAGAAUGGCAAGGCAACCAUUGAGCCGUUGGAUCCGUACGCCUCGCUGGGCCAGCGACGCGGCCUCUCCGACAAGGACAUCUCGAAGCUGAACGAAAUGUACGAGCAGGACUGCAACGAGGACUCGCUGCUCAAUUUCGACCGCUUCGGUGGCUACAUCGACGAACUGCUCGACUACUUGCAGGGCAACCUGCAGGAUCUGUUCGGCUAGCGGCGCUGUCGCUGCCACCGAUUGAUGCGAAUAAAGCGGUGGGCUGCUAGGCCACAAAGAAA